AUGCCUUCAGGCCUGUUCAGUUUCUUCCGGGGCGCGCAGCCCAGCGCCACGAAUGGUGCCGACGGCCGGCGGGCGCCAGCAUCUUCCACGACGCUGACGUCGCAGCCUGACCGCCUUGCCGGCACCAAGAGGCAGACAGAGCCGCCCGAGAGCGGCCGGACAGCGGCGGCCGUCAAGGGCCGGUGGAAGCAGCUGGCCAACGAGCACGCGGCGCGGAAGAAGAAGUCGGCCGCGGCAGCAGCCAAGCGAGCCUCGUCUGGCUAUGCCUCGUGGCUGCCGCGUUUCAGGCCGCCACGUUUCGCCAAGUCCGAGCCGAUCGACUGUGCAGCGAGCGAUAGCGGAGCGAUGACGACGGCGGACGUGCACGAGAAGCCCCAGCCCGACGGCGGCCGUGCGUUGAUCGACGUCGACUCGAUGAUCGUCGACACGGUAGUCGUGAACACGGGUCUUCCCACCGACGGCAUGGACGAGACGGACGACGAGCGAUACGAGUACACCGACGAGGCCGACGAGGCCAACGAGGCCGACGAGGCCGACGCGGCUAGCAGCUGUGUUAGUGAGGGGGAAUACGACGCCGAUAGCUGUGAUGACGUGCUCAGCUGCGACAUGUUCCCCACACCGCGUCCGGCCAAGGGGCCGCGACUGGGCUCCCUGGCCGCCAACCUGGCGACGCUCAACGGGGGUGGCAGCGAGCUGACCGCGUCGGCCAGGGAUGGCAACGGCCAGCAAGAGGAGGGAGAGGAAGAGGAGGAAGACGAGCUGGACGACUACGAGGACGAGGACGCGGACGAGGACGGACGGAUCGGGCCCUGGUCCGACCUGUUGGAGGAAGAGCCGGACAGCGACACCGAGAGCGAGUGGGAGGUCGACGAAGACGAGCUGAGCGGCUAUGAAUCCGAGGUUGGCGCCAUUGCCGGCUUCGCCAGCUGGACACACGACGAGAAGAAGCUGCACCGGCUGAUGUCGCUGCGUGGAUUCCACCCGCUGAUGCCGGCUAUCUGGUCGCGUGACUUUCUCGGCGUCCCCAUGUACCCAUCACUCUUUGCGCCGCCUGACCGACCGGACAAGCCGACGCUCAUCAGCAACAAGAGCAGCCAAUUUCGGGCAACGAAAGCGCUGCGCAGCCUAUUUGACCUGCAGGUGCGCGUGAGCGGGCUGCGUCAGGCGGGCAACACGCGGCGCAUCGACAUCAUCAUCGAGAAGGAGCUGCAGCGGUACAUUGCAUGGGCGGCCGAGGACGCGGGGCUGGACCGGUGCGCGCCGUUUGCGGCGAUGCCCAACAUCACGGCCAAGCGAUUCUCCAAGGCGAGCAGCAGUAGCAGUAGCAGCAGCAGCAGCACGCGAAAGAGCGGGCGACCGGGCUCGCCGCAGUCGCAGAGAGCCAGCACGCGCAAGUGGACGCUGGCCCGGCGGAUCCAGGACUACUUCCGGGCGUGGGCGACGCAAUACCGCGAGUACUAUGCGAGCCUGCCGCCGUUUGCCGAAGCCGACGCUGGCGACGACGCGGUCAAGGAAGAGGACGACGACGUCGGGACCAGCCGCUGCCUCCACCUCCGACGGCUGCGACCACCGCGCAUGCUCUACGGCUUUGUCAUAGUGCAACACGUCGUGAUGCUGCUCGCGGUGGACGCGGCCAGACCGCGAGCCCGUCCACGCUGCUUUGCUGACUUCAACAUGUCGCUCGGCGGCCAUUGGCUCGAUGCCAGCCUCAGCGUCGCCAUCCCCGUGCACCUGGCCCGCGCGGCUCAGCUGCGGGCUGCUCGCGGCCUGGCGCUGCCGGUGCGGCUGGACUUGGACGAGGACGAGGACAUGUGA